AUGAAGGGUGAGUUAUCACAAUCCUUUCUCCAUCUGUUUGAUGAACUUUCAUAUUUUGGGUGAAUUUGAACAAAAAGUUCCUGUUGGAGUUUCUCUAACCAUCAGCUGAACGGAGCUGAAACGCUUUUUUCUUAAUAACUUCCGACUCGCUGUCUCAGUCUGACUUUUCAAAAACGCCCACACUGUGUUUGAUUGACGUUUCUCACUAAAUGAUAUUGUCUAAGAUAUGUCAAACACAUCCACUCUUACGGCUCUCUAUCACACAAUCAGAAGCUCAGAUUAAUGCUGCAUUUUUAACCUUUCUCCAGUUAUUUUGAUACUUUGGCUAUAACCAUUUGGCACAAACCCGUAGAUCCGAUCUUGUGGCAAAUCUGUCAGCACAAGCUCGCUUCUGUGGGUCUUUGUCAUCGUGGUGUGAACGUCGUCUUUUGCCCUUUUGUCUUUUUGUCUUUAUGACUUUUAUUAAGAACUAAAACUAAGUUUAACCUGCAAGUUAAAGUUCCCAUGAAACUGCUUGCACCCUGUUAUUUUGAUUUCCUUCCUUUAAAAGCUGGAGGCCAAGGAGGGACCUGCUGUCGGUAUGCUUCAGUGUCUAUACUAAACACGAUCGCAAUAUUACCACAGUUAUUUUUUGUAACUACUAGCUCUCUAGAAGGUCAUGUAGCUAACUUACAUGGCGAGAACAUUAAAUCAGGGAAAGCUUUUCUCUUGAUACAGAAGCUGAGCUUAAGGGGGAAUCAUUUACAUUUUUGGGGGUCAAUAAGAGUACCCACUAUAUGACAAACAGCAAACAUAGGGGUGUGUGAUAUAGCCAACAAAUUAAUAUCUUAAUAUUUUCAGGGGAUUUUGUUGAUAAUAAUUGAUAAUAAGGUGCAUUAACAAGAGAAACAAAACAAAAAAUAUGAUUUUAAAAGUCACGUAUCAUGCUAGCCUGUUCCUACACUUCAAUUAAAUCUUGUACAUGAUAUUAACUAAAACAACUUAUUUAGGAAAAAACGUCCCAGGAGGCAGGGGGGCAGGGAGAGACGGAAAACACUGAACACAUAUACAUAUCAAUAUAAUUAACAUCACACAGUGUCAUCUAUUAUUGGUUAACAUUCAUACACGUAUAUAUCUCUUACCCAACUCCCCACCCCCCAGCCCAAAAAAUUAAGAAGAAAAAAAAAAAAAAGGAAAAAAGAGAAAAGAAAAAAUGUAAAACUGUGUUGUGGUUGGGUGGCCAAAAUAUCCUUAGGCAGACUAUCGUCUCUUUACUCUGAUGGUAUGUUGAAGUAACAAACUUGUUAUUGUCAGUUUGCACAUCAUUAAAUGAAAUAUUAUUAUGGAAAAUAAACUUUAUAUCGCACACCCCUAUACUUGGCUUUUUUGGACUAUUUGGGCCAGAUAUUGUUGAAUUGGUGACGAUCAUCCAGACACAUUUGAGUAAAAGAAACAUUAAUGUUUAUUUUGGAUUUAUGGGAACUUUAAUCUCCAUAUCUCUCUCUGACAUCUCAAAAAGCACAACAUCUUUAUUAGUCACAAAACCUGAAAUAUGACCAUAGUGAUGAUAAUCUGAGUGAGAUUAGACAGACAAAGAGUAACUGAAGUUAGAGGAAGCUGUUCUUUGUCUAAGAUAUAGAUAAGAGGAACUCUUGUUGCAAAUGUGUGCAUCCGGGUUGAGGUAGUAGGUUGUAUGGUUUAGAAUUACAUCCUGGGAGUUAACUGUACAACCUUCUAGCUUUCCUUGGAGUACACGUAUGACUUCAGUCUGUGCAGAAAAUAGUUUGGCUCAUAAUGCAGCAUGCAGAAUGCAAUCUUAUAUUGCCUCCAUGCACAGUUCCCACACAGAAUGGAACAGUAUUGAAUUUAAUUCUAUUCAUAUCCAGGUCUGGAUGUUUACAGAAAAGAAAGUAUGUUUCCAGGCUAUUGGCCCAAUUUUAUUUUCAUCGCAGUUGCAUCCAAACAUGGCAUCACAAAUAACCAAAUAUGAAGCUUGUGUGAACAUUUUAGAUUAUGCAGUUAUUCGGUUAUCAGAAAGUAAACAUUUCCUCUUCAUAGCUGCGCUCAAUGUUGAUUGAACACAGUGAAUAAAAAAAAAGCUGCACAGACGCCAGGAGAGUAAAGUUCUUCUAUUUUUUGAAACUCAUUUUGGUUAUUUUAUAAAGCAGAAAAGACCUGUAGGAGACAAAAUAGUCCAGCGUUUUUAUUUAUUUAUUUGAACAGGAAAUAGCACAAGUAUAAAGAAGUUUUUGCAUCUAUUUUGUGCAGAGAUGACUAUGUACGAAAUGUCUGCAGACUGCUUUUUUAGGAUGUUUGGACAAAAGUUUUACAAUGAUAUCUUCACUAAAGAUUGGCUAAAUACCAGCAGACAUGGACAGAAUAUUGAAAGCUUUAUUCACACUCUUCAUAUUCAGAUUAUUCAGAAGUCUGGAAGCUUAAAUCUGAGUAAGCUGGAAAAUAAGAAUGAAAAAUGUGUAGGGAUCCUGCCUGCAGUGUGAACGUCUUUGUAUAAAUGUUAUUUUAGCCAAACUGAGGUUCUCAUUUCAUAGCUGACCUUUAGACGUGGUCAGCCUGCUCGCUGCAGUUCUCAACCUUCAAUUAGCGUAACAUUGCUGCAAUUUUAGACAGUAUUUCAGUUAGUGGGAGAAACUGAAUUGUGUUGUGGUGGGGUCAAACUCUAAAACGCUCUGAGAAAAUAAAUUAUUAGUAUCUUAUGUCCUUUCUAAAGCUGCUGCUGUAACUUUUACUAUGUUUUGAUUUUGGUGCCCUCUCUAGGUACAGAUGUAUAUUCCCAUGCAUGAAAGAUAGACAAAAAAAAAAAUGUCCUCCUACUUUAUUUUGGGUCAAACGUGUCAGUCAUUGUGGAUAUUUGCCAUUGAAAAUGUAAAGACAGGCUGUGUCUUCAGUAUGCCAAGAGUUGUCCGGUCAGAAACCUACCUCUUCACAAUCAUUCCUUUCAAUCUUCAACAUUUUAGCCUUUUCCACAACCAGUUACAAACUCCAUACAGCCGCUUUAAGUCACUAUGAAUUUAUAGUUUAUAGAAAACAUGAUAAUAAGAUAUUAAGUUUGAUGCUAACACUGUGGCAGUGUAAACAACAACAAGUUGAUUGUUGCCAGGACUAAAUUGUUUGACUUUUAGAUGUGGGCAUGUGCAGGAGAUGCAGUGUCUGUUAUAUGACCUCAAACACAUCAUGCUGUCUUUUUUUUUAGUAGGUGCAAAAGAAAAACUUGCAAUUUGUCACUGUGCCUGCAGAGUCUGCGCAUGACCUGUAAACAUGAAUGGGACGCCGAGGCGAUCACAGAUAAUGUCAGCAGAAUUGGGGCAGACAUUUGGUUAACAGAGGCACCUUUUGACUGUGUGUUCCUGCAGCACUGUAUCCUAGUGCUAUCUCAUAGUGUGUGUUUGCGUUAUGGUUGGGCAUCUGUGAUGUGAGGCUAAUAUACUCAUCUUGAUACACUGUCAGUGAUCUAAAGCAUUAAAGAUACUCAGCUAGGUUAGUCAUACUGCCUGUGUACUUGCCAAAAUGCCUGUCCUUACUAUAAACCUGCCUUGCAUUACUCCUACACUAUUCACUACUACAAUAGUACAAGAGAUAGACUGAUCAGUCAAUCCGCCAAUUAAUGGCAUCAUGUCUACAUCAACCCUCACAAGGCUGAUAUCACAAAUGUAUUUAAAACACAUCUUUCUAAUUCCCCAAUGACAGCAAAUAUAACUUUAAGUCAAUAGCUAGCAUUUGAUACAUCACACCAUUUUUUUAAAAACUUAAACCACAAUAUUCAACCUGUAUGUUUUUUUUCUUUCAUCUUCAAUUUAAGGUGGUUUAACAGAAAUAAUGAGGUCCCUCUCUGGUGAUAUUUACUUGAGCCAAAUAUUUUUCUGUAUGAUUUAUUUAUCAAAAUGUUCACUCAAGCUCGGCCUGUUUUUUCUUACAAAAAAAAAAACAAACUAACAAAAAGAGAACAGUGAAAUAUUGGUAUCAAAUAUCAGCUGACCUGGUUAUCAGAUCUUCUAGAUUUGGCAUUAAAAUUUCAUCCAUGUGUAGCUUUUCCCCAGUGCACAUGUACAUGUACAGAUAUGAACUGGUUAAUCUCCUCGUGUGUGAGUUAUUUAUGGAGCAGACGUGCUGCAGUGUUUACUUUCGUGGCUAUACCUGCAGUCUGUGUACAGUGAAGGGUCAUAUGAUUGACAGGCAGGACCUGCUAUCUUUCAACUAAAGUUACUUAAGGCUGACCCUGCAUAUUAAAUGUACAUUAGGCUGUCGUUAUAGUGGAUGUAAAUCAACAUUUUAACAACAGUCUGUUUGUAAACUUAAUAGACAAUAGGUUUUUUUGGUCAGUGUUAGAUUACUGCAUUUUAAAGCAGGUUGAAUGAAGUGCGAUAAAAGUAGCACAGGUAGGCUGAAAGUUUCAAUUAUUGAUCACUGUGUUACCGUUUAAAUGGAGUAAAAAUAUAUAUACAGCAUAUAUAUAUAUUUGUACCCACUCUGAGGUGUCGUAUACCACAGCCGUAUUUAGACUUGAUGAAAAUAUUGAGCGUUUAAAUGUUAUAGGUGUCAUCAGGUAUGUUUUUAUGUAUACCUGGCAUCUGUCACUGAGCUGUUUCUGUGUUGUGUAACCUGUUUUGCACAGUGAUGCUUUGCUUCCCAAACUGUUGCUGCAUCUCUGCUGCCUGCUUUUACACCUCGGUCUGUUUAGUCAGCGUGGGGCUGAACCACCUCUAAAUCAAUGCUGUGUGCCAAACAUUACGAUGCACAGAUGGUUCCAUCUAAACACAACAUAUGAUAUAUAAUAAUCAUAAUAAAUAUGACUGCUUCUGUUGAACAGAUUCAGCAGGCUGACUUCCAUACUCAGUGUUUUACUGCAUCGCCAUAUGCACAUUAUAAUUCAUGUUUUUGGCAGAUGACUAAGGUCAGAUAUAUUUCUCAGACUUAAGCAGGUUUGAUUAUCAUACCUUACAGUUUUUAAAGCUCUUUCCUUUAUGGACCUCAGGAAUGCUCCAAGUCUCUCAGCCUGGGAAAAGCGGAAUGUUUAUACGGUGCCUCUUGGCUUUCUGAUAUAUUGUCCGCCGUUCUAAACAAUGAACAGUUGUGAUAUGAGGUCCAGUUUCAGGUUGAAGCUUGCCUGGGUGACACUGAGUUCUCUGUUUACUGUAGACUUGUCCAGCAGACUGAAUACGUCUGACUCGGCCUCUAUCUGGCGUUAAGCCACAUCUUGUAAAAUGACUCCAGAGCACCACACAGGAGAAAAAUGUCCAAGCAGAUCAGGAUUCAGCAGAGUUUGUUACUCCUUAGGACGGCUUAAUUUGAACCGCAGCCCAAGUGAAGUUGAAAGUAUUGCUGUGAUUUCCUUUGUAGGUUUUUGUCAUCGUUCAUUUUCUAGAGUCGAGUGGACCACCUCUCUAAAACCUUUGUCAUCUGCCCAAUUAGCACUUUAAUUUGGAGUAUUUUUUUUUUUUUUCAUGGUAUUUGGUGUACUGGCCUUAAAAUGAGCUAGAUGUACUGAUUUACCUACAAGUAUUUUUUGGAUGAAUGUUGCUAAAAAAUAAUCAGUUAAGGCUUGAUUUUUUUUCUUGAAUUAUGUGAAGGGAGGGCUAGGUGACUGAGAUCUUUACAGAUUACCUUUGGCCUAAGAAUUGUGUGUAUAUACAGACAAAACAAUAUUAUGUGACCCUAUUAUAUAAACAAUAUACCAUACACACAAUAUUAAGCUUUUUUUUCAUCGAAAUAUUGUCUUUAAAUUUAGAUUUCUAUUACUGAGUAAGAGAAAAAUUGAGAUACUCAGAGUAAAGCGGUACAUUAACAGGAACAAAUUCUUAAUUUUAUCAUCAAGUUGCUAAUUUAGGAGGAAAAGUUAUACAUUUAUUAAAGCUGUGUAUUGAUGAGGGGGAAAAAAAGUUGCUGGAAUAAAAGUUUUGUUGGCAUAAAAAAGUUGUAAAAUUGAACAAAUUAAGUUGUCAGAAGAAAAAUACAUCUAGCAGAAUGAAACUGUUCAUUAAUCAGAUUCAAGUUGUGUACUUCAAUUUUCAACUAAGCUGAUAGAGAAAAUGGCAGAAAUCAAGAGAUUAUAGUCUUUGAUUUAUGAGAAAGAAGUUGUACAUUCAUGACAUUAUUUCCUAAAUUGUUAAAAAAAAAAAAGAGAGAGAAAACAGUUUUUAUUAAUUUUUAUUUUUAAUUUUUUUUGAGAAACAGGCUUUGGCUUAAUCCUAUACAGGGAGACAUCAGAAGAGCAGCCUGCUGCCUACACUGAAAUAAGGAAUGUGGAUCAUCUUGUAAAGUUUAAGUGGAAAGCUGAGGACAAACAGUGGUUGCAGAAGUGUGUACAGGCUGUCUAAUAGCUUGUUCCUCUUCAUAACAGAUUAAGUUUGUCCCUGAAUGGAUUCAGAAUCCUGAAACCUAUGACACCGUGGUGCUGAUGUGCUUAUAGAUGGAGUACUCAGUGUUAUGGUCCCGGAAUGAGAGCAUAAGUGCACAGGAUGCUCCGUGUUGCUCAUUUUAGUUCAAGUAGCUGCAGCGGCUUAAGUGAUCUGUUUCCUGAAAAUAACAUUCAGGUCAACACGGCUUUGAAUUAUGAUGAAUUUAAGGUUUAAAUCUUGUAAAUGUACAAUUUCAACCUAAAAAAACAACAAUUUUUCUUCUCUAAGGGGGCCCUUAUACAACAUGGUAGGUAACAAUGUUUGGGGUGCUUUGGUUACUGUGUCAUUAAGUUUUUAUUAUAGCUUGGGUAACUGUAUAAACCAUAUAUAAACCACAUGACUGAGGGCCCUUCAGGGAACAUAAUUUGAAUAUCAAUAAUCUAUCAACUGUUUUGUAUUUCACUGAUUAACUUUGUAGUGUGGUAGAAAAAGUCCCAAUUUUAUUCUCCUUAAACACAGGAGGCAAAAAAUUCUCGUACUACAGAAGCUGAAAACAGCAAAUUUUGGGUAUUUGUACUUACAAACUGACAGAAAUUUGUUGAUUCUGAAAACAGAGCAUCUUUCUUGUUAUUGAACAAUUUGGCAGAAAAACCCAACAACCAGUCAAAGGUUGGUAAUGUCUUUUCCAUUUUGAUUUUUAAAGUUCUAUAUAUUCAUAAACAAAGGUCACCAAAUCAUCCAAUCAAAUAAUUUUAUCUGUAAAAUUUGGCAUCAUUUUGAGGACGAAACAGUAUUUGAUUGGGCUCUACUGAUAACCAGACAGGCUGUUUAAUCUGCAAUAAUAAUUAGAAACAUCAGCUGCACACCCAAAGCUGAACAAUAAGACAGAUGUGUCUUUGUGCUGCUACAUAUACAAGGAAUUUGACUUUGCUCUCUAUUCACAAACAGUUCACGGGAAACAUCACAAGAAUAUGUACAAUAGACAUUUUACUUAUAUAUACAAGACUGUUAUAUGCAGUCCCACGAUGGCGAGGAGAGGAUAGAAAAACAUACAGGCCUGCAUAUGUCAUGAUAUAAUAGGUGGGUUAUGUGCAUGAGGUAGAUUUACAUUUGUGUUAAAUACACUAUUGACAUUAAAUAUUGAAUAUCAAAGAUUCAGAUGAUGAAAUUGUGGAAAGACAUCAGUUUUGGAAAACCCCUCUUUUGCUUUCCAACAAUGCACAUAUUGAAUGAGAUUAAUUAGAAGCAGUUAUUUAUAGACUAUUAGUAAUUAAAUAUGGAGUGAUACCAACACCUCCACUGCAGCCUGGUGUUCCUGCUCAGCCUCAGAUCAACAACAGAGUCAUUGUUAUCAAACAGGUUUCUGUGAGGGAAUAUGAUCGUGGUAAAUCCCUGGAAACCUAAGAGCACCUUUUAUCUCCUAUUUUGUAACCCAAAUGUCAGGAAGACCACACCUCUUCAUUCAGAGUUUGGUUCACUGCUGCUUUGAGCCCUCACAGGAAACAUAAACCUGAUUACGUAGACUGUAAAAGACAGGAAUGUUGCACACAAUAGAGGAUACAACAGGGAUCUGCAAAAAUAUGAUUUAAUAUUUGGAUGAAUCAACAAACAGAAGGCAGCCAGACAAGUUCCACCUGUUAUUUUUAAGGCUUUUAACGCCGUGUGCAUGUUGUAGACUGAAACUUUGUUCUUCCUGAAUCAAAAGUAUUUCUAAAUCAAAAUCUUGUUCCUCCAACAGCAAAAUUGUCUCUGUGCAUCAUUCUAAGCUAAUAGCAAUAAAUCUGAGAACUGCCUUGAACAUACACAGUGAUCUCUAUGUCCGUUAUGAUAGGUUGUUUUCACAUUUCCAUGGGACGGACACAUCUCCACAUCCUAUAUGUGCUUGAUCAGCAGUGCUGAUUUCAGCCAUGGCACAGAGGUCCUCAAUGGCAUCAAAGUCAUAAAAAAGAUUUGGAAAAUAACACUUAUUAAGAGCCUAGCAAUAUCCAAAGUACUUAUAAGAACCAGGGAGCUGAGUUUUUGUUAGCACUCCAGUGUGUAGGUUUGCAAAAUAUUUGUGAUGACCCCCCUACGAUCAAAACCCUUUUACAAAAACACAGAGAAGCAGUAUGCUUGAUGAUGAAGAUGAUCACUGAAGCCAACUCUUUCUGUGUGAAAAAUACCUCAUAUGAAGCAAAACACGAGUUCAUUUAGAAUUUAAGUAAAGUACUAAACAUGAAAUAGCUAUAUUUACAGAAUCACAUUUAACAAUUAUAAUAAUAAUUAAAAAAAACAAACAAACAAAAAAAAAACUCUAGUCCUGUGUUUAGUGAAGCAGUGUUUGUAGGAGGAGAAUUCCCAGAGUUGUAUCCAUCCGACACGGUAACCCGGUGUGUCCGAGCAGCAGUAUGGGGAUGAUCUUGCAGAGGAUCUGACAGAAAAAGUACCAGUUGAGUCCUUUGGCUGUGUUUAGUUAAAAUUGAUUUCAUUUUUUUGGUGUCAGACGUUAACUAUGCUAAAGAAGCACUGUUGCUACAUUGCUUUUUUUUUUUUUUUCGGCUAAUAAGCUCGAAAGUGUUAUUUUUCUAAUUCACCAUCAGUGUAAUACUGAAGAGUGCCUUUGCAGGUUUCCCUCAGAUCAUUCAGGCUGAAACAUAAUGUUAGAAUAACCCAGCAGGAAUAUCCUACUUAUCAGCCUAACUCUGGAAAAUUGCUGGUGCAGAAUCAAAUGCAGCUUCUUUAUUUCAUCAGAAAUGCACACUUUAUUUUACAGCUCAGUUAAAACAAAGGCUCUCACCUCUCCUUGGCUCUCCCAAAUUUAACAGAGCAUACAAAGUCAAGAUGUGCCUUGCCGAAGUUUAUUUAAAGAACCGUGAUUUUCUCAUCUCUCCUCACCUCUGAACCCAAAUCGCUCCUCCAGAUGUGUGGAGGAAAAGCGUUUCUGCAGAGAAUCCUGCUGCCUCAGCACUCCCCUGUCCAGCUGCCCCGGCAGCACGGCUAAAAGUCAUUGGUUCCAGCUGGGCCUUCAUUUAUGGGAUGGUUGAACAAAUAAAUUAUGGGAUUAGAUGGGGCGGUUCAAGCUGCUGAGACUCUGGAUGGUGUGGCAGAACCUCUGAGAAGUCUGGUUGGUGAGGAGUCUCAAGGUUCUUUGGCUGACUUUAGAGAUUAAUAAAAUAAAGACCGUCUUUAUUCAAUUUGGUGUCCCACAGUCCUCCAAAUUAUGUAGAGUACAAACUGCUGGCAGUGUCAUAGAGCUCAAGAAUGACUCAGUGUCACCUUUACACCAAAUUUUAUUAGACAGCUGAUUAGAACAAUAUUUAAGUCUCGCAGUGUCCAGUUGUUCCUAUUGAUGAAAUGAAAGCAUAUCCAUUGGUUAUGAGAAUAACCUGGACACAUUUAGGGAGAAAGCACAUGCCAAAGACUUCAAACUUAUACCUGUGAAAUCUGUCUGCAUUGACUAUACAUUUGAUUUAUUUAAUGUUGUUACUUAAAACUCUUACUUUGAACUCAAGGAAGUCUAAUGGGGCGCUCACACCAAGCGUGAGUAAAAUCAUCUACUCGCUUAUUUCGCGCGAAUCUAGACACGUGAAUGAAUAGUAUUUACUCGCUUCAUUUGCACGUCAACGUAAUUUCAACGGUAAUCCCUGCCGAUGCAACCUGCUAGGUCAAGGGAUAGACAAAGGUUUUUAACAAUUUACCAGGUAAUCUGACCUCUUCACUCACUUGCCUCCAGGCGAGCUCCUUUUUAUUCCGGUUUCGGUGUUUGAAAGAAAAGGUAUCAUAGAAUUCAUGAUGCCCACACACCAACACGAUCAGUUUGUCCACCAUUUUAGGUACCGUUUUCAUACAUCACCCAGCAACCUUCGUGCUGAUUAGUUAUUGUGAUGCGAAUAUCCGCUCAAGUUGAGACAUUUUCAGUUACUGCCCAGUUCACGCCAUUCAAGCCACCAGAGUAGUAGGAGUGUCUAAUCGCGUCUUUGCAUCGAUUUAACAUGUAAUUCAUUCAUGCGAAUGAUUUGACUCUGGCUUGGUGUGUGUAGACAGUAAGAUUUCUUAUCUCUACCUUUUUUGAAAAUUGAACAAAAAAAAAAAAAAAGCGUCAUAGAGUACCUAUUUAACAAUCAACUACUAAAUACUCAAUUAUUUGUAAACACCCCCAAUAUGGAUAGUGUUGAAACAGACAGUAGACACGUAGAUACAAACAUGUGUGGGCUCCCUUUUAUAAGUGAAGACCCCAGCUGGGCCCCCCAGUCUAAAAAGUCUGGUCACACCCCUGCUUGUUAUUGCAAGUCUGAAAUUGACUUUCCUCAGCUACAGAUAGGUUCUUACUGAUUUUAGAGUUUUGUAGAUAGACUGGGGGAAGCUCCAGUAAAAGAAAAAGACUCCACUUUUACACAGGUGAAAGUCACACAUCUGCUCAAGGACAUGUGCCUAUAUAGUGUGUUGUUCUCUCUCCAAUUAAAAGGAAUUGUUGAUCGCUUCUCUCCCUCACUUCGAUCAAUCUAAACAAACUGAUGCACCACUGACAGAAAUCAGUGAUCAGGAUAAUAUCCUGGAGAGCAGCUUUUCUCAGGUGUGUCCAACUGAGUAUCAAUCAUCAGUGGGUGAACAAAAAAACAGUUUUGGUAUUGUAAGUAUUUUAAAGCUCUUUUAAAGUAGCCUAUAGAAAGUAGAGUGCAAAAGGGUUUUAACUGCAGCAGUUCAGAGUUGUAUACAGAUUUAAGUUUCUGGCUGCUCCUCAGACAGACCUCAGAGGAAUUUAUGUCUGACAGAGACCUUUUUUUUGUGGUUUUAUAUCUGUUUAAUAAACAGUCAGUAAUUGUUUUUGUACGACGCCGCAAUAUAAUCUAUAGUCUUUAUUCCCACUCGAUGAAAAUGAUUUUGACACUCCAGCUUUCAUUAUUUUGUUAGAUUUUGUCGAUGAUAACCUUGUUUAAGACCAAUCUUAGAGAAACACUACAGCGUGAAUUUAUUGUUUCAAUUUACAGCCCAAGCAUUUAUUAACUUCUGUCUCUCACUACCAACGCCAAAAAUGUUGAUUGUCUCCUAUCAUGUGUAAAGCUAAGCUGAAAAAGACUUGGAAAAGAGUCAGAGGUCUGAUGACUCCAGCUGAAGAUAAAUCUCAGCAAGGAAGAAAAACAAAAACAUUGUUUCUUGGUUGAUUUUAUUCUGUCAGUGAGGUGAAUCAAAUAUUUUCACUGUGUUCACACUGCAGAUUGAAGUUUUGUUCUCUUGCCGAGAGAUCUGCAUACACAGGAAUGAACCCGGCACCCAGGGGAAACGCACUUUAUGAUAGUUUUCUUCCUCAGGUGUUCAAGAGACGAACAAAUCCAUCACAGGAAGCAAUACUCAGACACAAAAUACUUGUUAAACCAGCCAAUCGCUGCUUCUGUUAGUAAGCGCUCCACCGGCUGCAAUUGGCUCCUCGUUCUUGACGUCACAGACGGGUGGAGACCUUGGUAACAAAUCGUCUGAGACCAGAACACUGUCAGUUCUGGCCACACCGGUACUUUAGCUCCCCAACUCAUAAAAUCUCACUUCCCCAUGAAAGCGAGCAGCCUGGAGCACUAUUUCUUCCCGAGGAAACAUAUUCCCUUAAUGUGGUCGGGUUAAUGGCAAAUGAAUAAUCAUAACACAGCGAUGGCAGACGGGGGUGUCAUUGAUCUGUCUGGAAUCAGCCCCCUCCCCGCCUGCUGCAUCAGCCACUCUCCCCCUAUUGAUACGCUCUUGCCCCUUGACCCCUGGGACAGAUCAAUAGCAUUGAUUGGAGAAGGGCAGGGACAAGGGCAGGAUCUGCUGACUGGCCCGACAGCUAGUGUGACAAGACAUGAUCGUCAUUAAUGUCCCGCUGGCUGGCUGGCUGGCUGGCUGGCUGGCUGGCAAGGCGCUGUUCAUCACAUAUUCCCUGCUCCCCUCCCCCCCUCCUCUUCCUCUUUUUCCUCUUCCUCCUUCCCCCUCCUGCGUCUGCUGCUCCAUGUUCCCAUUCUGUACUGCUUUCACUGCCUGAGAUAAGUCCAUUGUUUGGAUACCUGUGUGAUGCUUGCCUGGCAUCUGUGGCACAGAUAUGAAUCUCUGGGCUGUGUGGAGAUAUUUUCGACUUUAGAGUAGAAAAGUGAACGGGUUCAUUGCAAGUGUCUGCAGCAUAAUGUCUCUCCGCUCAUUGUGUGUGCUACUUACCAAUCACAAUGGUGCCGGUCCUAUUUUUGGGCGCUUUGAAAAGCUGUGUCUUGGUACAUUUCAAAGCGAGUGAAUUAGAGUCUGCUUCAACUCUGUCACAACAACUUGGUCGUGUAUUCUCUGAUCGAUGGCAAAUCUCGGCUCUUAUAAGAUACUGAUGUGCCCUGAUUCCCAAAGCUUCAGUGAAAACGUGUCAUUGAUACAGCGGCUGGGUUGUGUUUCUGCUUUACUACGUCGUUUGGGUUAUAUUUCCAGUCUAGACUGGAAACGAGGCAAGCGAUGUUUGUGUGUGUGUGUGUGCGCGUAUGAGGGGUGAUGGGCGGGAUGCGGCGACAACUCCAGACUCUGCAGUGACACGGCUGUAAUGGAGCUGAUUGAUCACCUAUAUAGCCGCCUGCUGGACCCGCUGGCUUCAGCAUACAGCAAACUCCCUGCCCCCCUGUCUCUGCGUCACCGCCGCCAUCACUGAGCCAAUCUGUGACGACCCACCAUCCCCCAUAGACUUCAACCUGGCCACGGUUUUGACAUUGGCUGCAGGAAUUACCUUUGCUCAUCUUUGGCUUCGAAUUUGCUCUGCUUCUGUCGGGUUUUACGGGAUAGACAUUUAGAGACGUAUUCGCCAUCUUUGAUGAAGUGACGUUUUCUAAUUCUGCUUCUUUCUGUGUCAAAAAGCUGCUGUUUUCCAUUUGAAUUAAAGGGCAUAAUCAAUCAAUGAUAACAUUUGCAGAUCUCUCUCCCUGCCCCCUGCGUGUCACACGGGGUCAUAACCCUAAUUUAUCCAGGGUGUUGAAGGUGAUGGAGCUCUGAGAUUAGAACAAGCUGUCAAGGGCAGAUCUGACCCAGACAGAGGGAGAAGAAGGAAAAGGGCAAAAAUUCUGCAUAUUUUUAGGUCUGGUGAGUUGUUUAUUGUUUUGCUUGGUUUUGUGUUUUUGCUCUGUUUGGUGUUUUACAGUUAAUCCAAAAAUAAUUCCCAUCAGGAAUAUCCAUCUGAGGAUAGAUUCAUUCACAAAACACAAAAAUACUCAGAACCUCAUCGUGUUUUACAUCAGGGGUUUACACCCCUGAUUCCAAAACAAGCAGGAAUGGUUUGUGAAAUAUUUAUAAAAACAGAUUUUGAUGGUUUGCAAAUAAUUAUUCCUUUAUUCUAGUAAACAUAGAACAAAUACAUCAUAUAAAAGGUUAACAUUUUAUUGUUUCAUGAAAUAUGAAAACUCCUUUUUAAUUCAGUUGUAGCAAAGCGGUUCAAAGGAAGUGAGACGCAGACAAUGAAAUACUGAAAAAGUUGUGAAAGUCGCGGAAAAACCCAUCUUCACUGAUUACAACAAGCUGGUUAAAUGACUGAAAAGGACAUUUCAAAGUGACUGAGUCUAUCAGAAGUUAAAAUAAGAAAGGGGUGCAUUACUCUGUGAGAGACUGUGUGAGCUAAUAGUUUGAUAUUUCAAAAUACAGAACAUAAUAGUAUGAACAGAUUCAGAGAGUCUGGAGAAAUCUCUGGAACAUGGAUGAAACAAAUACUAACUGACUGUGAUUUUCAGGCUCUUAAGCAGGACUGUAUUAAUAACAGACAUGACUCUGUUGUGGAAUUCACUGCAUGAACUUCCAUUGCAUCCACUAAUGCAGGUUAAGACUAUACCAUUCAGAAUUUAGAAUUGGGGUUGUGCUUACUUUUAUAGAUUAUUUGGGUCUUAAUAUACUCAAAUAAUCAGAAUUGGAAUUUCAGAGCAUAAAAGCAUUUUAGUACAGUUUAUAUUUAUUAAUAACUAUAAGAAGAAGUAAAGCUUCAGCUAACCAUUGUUUGUUGCUUGAUUAAUGUUUUUUUUCAGGUUUAAUUCAGCAGAUGAUAAAACAUCAUAAAUAUUAUGUGAGAAAUGCUCAUUACAUUUACCCACAGCCUAAAGAGGCAAUUUGAGAACUGGUCGUACAAACAGUUCUAAACCCCUUUCAUUUACAAACAUCAAAAGCAUCAAAUCCUGAUUGGGAAGAAGUCGAUCUCAGCAUGGUUCAACAUUUGUGCUUGAAAAAUCACAGUGAAACAGUUCAGUGGUUGUCUGAAUAUUUGGCAAUUAGCUUUCCUUCAGUCGAUUCAUUGAUUAAUGGAUUAAUCUUUGCAGCCCUAGUAAUAAGUGUGAAGCCGACAGUCCACAUUAUGGUGACAUGAAGGCCUCUGCUGUAUUUCUGUGGCGCUGGACACUUUUUAUGCAUGUUUAGCUUUGAAACAAAAAUCAGACUCUUGUUGAUUGAGGCUUUCUCUAAGACAAUAUAAAGCGUUGUGCUUCUCUCUGACUGGGGCAGCCGUGUUCCUUACGCCGCCGCUCGCUGCUUUCAAGCCUCAGUCACAAUAUUGUGACAGCGACUGUUUGUGUUCCUGCUAGCACUGACCACAGCGCUGUCUGUGUGACAGUCUUCGAGAGUGUGUGACUGCGUGUGUGUAUGUGUGUGUGUGUGUGUGUGUGUGUAAUGUCACUCUGUGUCUUGCUUUCCAUUCUCUGUUUUUAACGGGGGGACGUGUUAGUUUGUCGCCUUUACUGAUGCUGCCACUUCUGUGUGUGUGUGUGUGUGUGUGUGUGUGUGCGUGCAUUUGCUCCUGUUUGUGUGUCGCCUUUCUUACACGACUGUUCGCUCUCAGUUUUGACUAAAUGUAUGAAUAUGUCGACGAUAUCUGUUGAUUGGUGUUUGCAUGCGAGGGUGCGAGCUUCCGUCACGAUAGGAGACAGUGGUAACAUCGCUCAGCGCAUCCUCCUCCAUGGCCGAGCAGUUAGCUGCAGUGAGUAUGUGUGUGUGUGUGUGUGUGUGUGUGUGUAUGUGUGUGUCUGCACGCCGCUGGAAAAGAGAAGAAAUUGAUCAGCACAGGGAGGAACGUGUUCACCAGCAAAGGCUGGAUGGAGGGUGUGAGGAGAGAGAGAGAGAGAGGGAGAGAAAGAGCGAGGGCUGUCGCUGCAGACUCCUGCUGCAGUAUCUCACUUUGGGCAAGCAGCUGCAGACAGGGAGUAACAGACAACCAGACACGCAGACAGGUACAGACCUGGUGUGAUGGGUGGGGGCUGGGAGGGGGGGGGGGUGGAGGUAAAGGGCAGUAGAUGCUAGAGAGGCAGGGCUAGAGGGGUGGAGGGGUCAAAUGGGGGAGGGGGGGCAAAGGCGAGGAGACAGGCUGUGGCGGCAGCAGCAGCAAAGGGAAGAAAAUGUUUUUGGCUUGUUUUUCGUUCAUUGUUGUUGGAUCUGUGAAGAUGCAGGAAGGAGGGAGAGGUGGAGAAAUAAAAGUAGAAGGUGUAGAUGACAGUGUCACGACAUGGCUGAUGUCCCGGUGUCUGUAGCAGGUAGGAGGAGGAGGAGAGGAGAAGGAGGAGGAGGAUCGUAGUGGUGGUGGUGGUGGGGGGGUGAAGAUGCUGAGAUGGAGCUGACAAUGCAAGCGCUGGGAUGGAGCGAAGCUGUGCUAGGGGGAGGGAGGGGGGGGGGGGGGAGGGGGGGGGGGGGGGCGUCCCACCUCACUGACCUGCGUCUGGCUGCAGUUUCCCGCGGACACCUCAGCUUCACCCCCCUCCCCACCUUCAUCUCUUCUUUUCUUCCUUCCUUUUUCUCAACUACUUUCUUUUUCCUCUCCCUAGUUCCCCCUCUUCUUCUUCUUCCUCUUCUUCCUCUUUUCUUCUGCUGCUGCUCUCUUUUCCUCUCCCUCUCUUCCUCCUCUUCCUCAGCUUGGAGGCAGAUAACAAAAGGCGACUUGGUGGCAGACGGAGGAGCGAGCGCGCGGGGCAACGCGACGGGUGGCGCGGAGCGUUCAUUUCCGGAAGCCUCCACUUUGCUCGGCGUUCCCCAGAGAGAAGGAGACAGUCAGAGACAUCUAUCUGAUGCUUUUUUUCUCUUUAGUCUGAGGGGGAGGAGUUGUGAGGUGGGUGGCAGGAUGGGGGGACGAGGUGGAGAGGGGGGUGGGGGCAGUCGCUGGUGUGUUUGGGUACAUGACAAGCAAAAAUAACAUGGGAAUGUUUUCAAUAUUACUAUGUUGACAUUCACUGCAGUUCUUUUUUUUUUUCUUUGGCAAUUAAUGUCGGGAUUCUUUGCUUCCGAGUGUGCCUGCAGCUUUUUUCUUUUCACUUGAAUCGAAGCUGUUUCAUGUCUGACUGAAGCUUGUUGCCUCUGACACUGACAACUUAUUGCGUGCCAAGCUCGCUGCCAUGUCGGCAGAGUUUGGUGUGUAGAUGUUAGGGUCCGCCGUCGAGGAUGCUGCAGAUAGUUUCACCUGUUUCUUUGCAGCUUUUGCCUUUUUGCUUGAUAUUUGACCGAACCAGUGAGUGUGCUUGCCCUGCGCUGCAGAGCCAGAGUCUGGGGCUGCUGAUGGCUUUGGCUUCAUUAGUCAGUGCAAACCGACAGUCCACCAGACAGGUCCGGUUCCAACCGUCCUGGUAGAGAGAGACGCAGACUGAUCAUCAAGCUGACGCUCUUUAGGACAAAGGCGAGCGGGGCUGCUUGGCUGGGGGGCUUUUCCUCUUGCAGCACAAAGGCUAGUUAGCACAGAGCAGCCAGUGCAGGCUUGUCUGUCUGUCUGAGCCUCUGCUGCUGCUGUCUGUGUGCUGCCAUGAAGAUCAUUCCUUGAACAAAUUUCCCUCUUUGUCUUCCUUUUUCCUCUCUGCUUUGCUUUCUUGCUGUUGUCGUCUGGUUUGUUUUUUGAAUUUGACUGAAAAUAUUUCUACCUUUGCAUGUCUUUGUGUGCACAGGAACCGUGCCGAACAGAAUAAGUUGUCUGCAGUGGGCGAAUAGAGGGACAUGGGAACCUUUUUCUCUGUCCAGGGUGCAGAGCUGUUUUGUUUUUUGAUUGCAGACAGACACUUUUGGGUGUCGGGCGCCUUUAGGCGUAAACUGGGUACUUUUAAGAGUCAGUGGUUUGGGGAUGAGACGGAGUGUGUAUGUGUGUGUGAAAGACAGAGAGAGAGGGAAGGUGUCAGUGCCACUCGUUGCCCUGCAGCUGACUGCAGCUUCUCCGUAGACUCUGUCGUACUUCACCUGCUCCCUGAGACCCUAACUUGUGAGCUCUCUUGAUAAAAAAUCACGGGUUAGGCUCUUGGGACGCGGGCGGAGGGCACAAUCGUCUCUAUCUCGAAUGUUCCAUGGGUGGAGUUGGAAUGAAGCACCAACGAUAUACUUAAAAAAUGGUCGCAAUGAUGUAGAGAGUGCGGUUGGAACAUGAGGGGAAGUAGAAUAAAGAGCAAAUGUUUGCAGGAUUUGUUCAGUCGGCUCCUCUGUAACAUUAUUUAUUAAGACUCACGUAAACCGCAGAUCCUACGGCACCGUGUCUGCAGAAGUGUGCAUGUUGAUUCCAGCCGUAUAUUUCUGUUUUUCCAAAAAAUUCAUCACCUUUAGUGAUUCGCUCCAAAUCUAAACCCCUCGUCUAUGCUGCUCUGUGCUGUCAGCCAGCAUUAUAAUCUCUCAUUGUGUCAACGUCCCUGUUUGAAUACCAUUGGAGUAACACAUGAUCUGAUCAGUAAUGGCAGGACACCGACCUCUCCAAACCACCACACCCCAGACUGGUGUUGAUUAACCCCUGUCAACACCGCAGCUCACAGACCCAGCCGACAUGUAUGUGAUCCUCCAUUAGCGAGCAGUCGCCCCAAGUUUGAUCACUCCAGUUUCAUCAAGGCGCUACAGGAGCAGUCUGAAACCAAUGCAACACUUUCAGACAGUCGAUGUUUCCCCACAAUAAAUAUAAUCACUACGUACUCUUGUGUGUUUCGCUCUAUGCUACCUGAAUCCAUCGCCAGGAGCUAAUUUAUAUAAUUCGUUUUUAACGCAUAGCCACGCCAUGUCAUUUCAUCGACUGCGUCACUUUAAUAAAGUCCUAAAUAUCAUAACAAUUUGAAUAUUGAAUAGAAAGUAGAUAUCAGAUUUUAGAAAAAAUCCACACUCUCCUCAGUGGAGCUGUUAAAGUUUGUUUACACGCAAACUCCAAAUGGCAAAAUUGCAUGUAAAAAAGGUUCAUGGACAGUUUGAAAAAAUAUUAAAUGUAUUACCGAAAUGUUUUGAGACCUAAAAAGAGUGGACAGAAAGUGCUUACUCUGUGCAUCAAGCUGCUGCAGAAGAUACAAAACUUAGACUGUGUCGCAUAAAAAUCAACAUGCACACUUUCAAAUGCCCAAUCAGCUACUCAGAAUUUUUUUUUUUACUUACACUAUUUGCAUAUUUCUGUCAAAAUGUGCCUUCAUCAUGAGAUUUCAUGUCAAAAUUGUUUAAUGGUCUAAAUCGAUAUUUAAACUGGAGACAGAGGACGACAGCCAGACAGGGUAAUUCAUCAAAAAGACAAGAUUGAACAUUGAAUAGAAAAUGAAAACAUUGGUCAGGCGUCUUAUGAAUACGACUAUAGAAGUGCAAUUACAAUAAAUUAGGCCUAUUGGAAGAUAGUUAUUUUCCUUUAUGCUAUUCAAAGGUGUUAUUUCAUUCAUCAUUACAGCUUGACCUGGAUUUUAAACUUUCAAUUUUUCCCAAGGCAGCGUGCCUUUCUGAAAACCUAAUUUCUGCUAAAUUACCCAUAUUAGGAAUGCAGUUCAAAACAAUUGAUUUUCUCUCUAAUACCUUCCUCUCCAUCUCUCCCCCAGUCUCCAGUCCCCCUCUCUCCCUAAUUAUGUUUUUUUUUUCACCCCGUCUCCCCGUUUGGUUUCAUGGCGAACAAUGCCGAUGCCAACUAAUCAGUCUGUGCCGAUGCCACAGAGCCCCCAGCAACAGCUGAAGGAGCGCCAUGCCCCAUGAAUACCAAACAGCCAGCACAGUGCGACAAGUGCUGAGCAGUCAGACGCAGCACAGCCAGAGCGGAGCUGGUGCCCACAAACAGCCAGACAGUUUUAUUAGGGUCUGUCUGACACGCAGUAAAGUCUGCCAGCACCCGAGCCCACUGAUGAAAUCCUCACCGCUCCCCCAACAGUAACAAAGCAGCAUGCUCAGAGCAAUCCGCCAAGGAUCCAAUAAAUAUCACCCCGUAAAAAUCAGCUCCCGGCUAGUUUGUAACUCUGCUCGACAGGGAAUACAAACUUUGUUCAAAGUCAAACUAGUCCUCCACCAGCAACUGCUUAAUAGACGUCUUCUGUUUCAUCAAAACUUUACACUUGUCUGCUGCAUCAAGGGACAAAGAUGCUUUUUUUCUAAUUCUUUAAAGCAGCCAUUAAUUGACUUUAGACAAAGGACAGAUUAUUACGCCAUAACACCUUUGACAUUUUAGAAAACACGGUAAUGUUACAGCUGAGUAUUUUUCCGAAUCAUUUUAUUAUGAAGACAGGGGGGCUAUGAAAAACCCGAGUGUGUUUUACAGACAGUGGGCCUCACCUGCGGACACUCUCUUGAUAUAAAACCUCAUGUAGUUUUUAAGAAGAGUCUGACAUUAACUAAAGUUUCUUUAUUUGGUUUGUUUUCAGCUAAGAGCAAAAUCUGAGAAUACUCAAGAGCUCUGAAAUGCACAUAUGUCUGCGGAAUAUGAUUGUAUAUUGUUUUUUCUUUCAUUUAGCAUCCCUGUGUUAUGAGUAAAUAUUUAUAAAUACAUGAUUUAAAUGUAAUUAGCUAUUUGUAAAUCAUGCAGUUUGUUUUCUUAACCGCAGCAUGUAAAGUAUAAACUGCACUCAGGUUUAAUAAAAGAAAAUCUGAAUUAGACUAUAUUUUAUUGGCUGGUGUGUAGACCAAAAAUAUGAAAUAUUAAAUUUAUAUUCACAAGAUCACAAAAGAAGAUAACACUUACUAAAAUCUAUGUAAUAUGUUAAAGAAAACACUCAUUCACACUCAUGAUUGGCCACCUUUAAACACUCCUAUUCAGUGACCGAUGUGUCACAUGCUCAGAGGACUAAAUGAACUAUCCAAUCAUAUGUAUGACUGAACAACAGCUGAUCGUGGUCAGCUUCCCUCUCCUGUCUGAGGAAAUCGUCUCCUCAGAUUUAAGAUCAAACUUUUCCUUUUUUUUGUAAUUCAUUUCAUCUGCUGCGUAUCUCUUCUCUGAUUACAGCGCAGUGUUUCUUAUGCCAGCCCUCGCAUGUUUCUGUUUUCAUAUUAACUGCUGGCUCCACUAAAUAUAAUCAAACAAAUCAGCUUGAUUGUGUUUUAUUUCCAGCAGCACUAGCUCCAUAUCAGAACUGCUAAAAUCAUUUAUAACUUGGCGUCCAGUGUGCAAUCAGUUCAUGAUUUAAUUAAGGCAUUUCAGAUGUUUUCUGCUUGUCUUUUUGAUCCUCUGUUGUUUCAGUAUUUGGGCAUAACACUGCAGUCUCGUACCCUUGUAUGGUCGAAUAGAGAAAUGCACCUAUGCUGGUUAGGAAGUAUGAGCUUCAAACUUACGGGGACAUGACGUUCGUCCUGCGGGAUUUAGACCUCUCUGAAACUUUCUAAGGAACGAGUCACAGAAAAGUCCUUAGUUGAUGAAGAUUGAUGAGGCCCACAGUAUUUAUAAUUUGUCUCAGCUCUGUAAAAGUGUUUUUAUUUCAUGUACUAGCAUGCCGCAGUAAAUCUAUUUGUGGUAUUCAAGGUUAAAGAAAGUACGGUGCAGUAUUAGCUUCUCUGGCCUUUCAAUGAAAACAUUUAUUAAUUUAUUCAGAGCAAAAUCAGGAUUUUAUUAGAAUUAAGAUGACUGAAAUUCAGAGACAGAAUUUUAUAUUUUUGCUGGUACUUGAUACGUUUCAUCAGUAUGUGAUUGUAUAAAACAAACGUGGUGUUUUCCUCCUGCGGGAGGUGUGUUGUUGCCUCGUCCUUAAGUUCCUGCUGCAAAGAUUGAUUCAGAGCUUGAAUAGGUGUAGAUAAACCAAAGGCUCCAGCUGAUGGACCCGAGUGUGUGUGAGAGAUUACACUCCAUUGUUCAGAGGUGGUCAUGUAACACGCCGCGCCGCCACAUCGCCUACCGAUAAAAGUAAUAAGGACAGAUUAACAUUUAUCCCCCACAUUUGGAUUUGAGCUGGAGCUGACGCGGAAAUCAGAUGGAUUUAGUGAAUUACAGGGAUUGUUUUCUUUUUUCCCCUCCUCUUUUUUGCAUUGAUUGUCAGGUUGUGUUUGUCUGUUGAAGAAGCUUAGUGAUCUCUUAUCACAGCGGGGGAAGGGGGCAGGGGAGAGGCGGUGAGGUGCAGGUGGUAGUCGGAUGGUGGGGGAGCGUCAGGUAUGCCUGAGCGGAGCAGCGUGGGACAGAGGAGGGGGGGACGUCUGAGUUUCCAGACACUGCGGCAGGAGGCCAGACAGUCACCUGAACACACGCACACACACACACACAUGCACCUGUUCAAAGGCGUGCACAUUUUACACACACUCUGUCCUCACCCUCGUCAUAUCAGCACUAAAGCCAAUUCGAUUUUGUUUUUAAUUCAAUCAGGGGUAGAAGUUGUCGCACCAUUCGUGAUGUAAUUAUCCCCGUGCAUCGACAGCACAAAAGUUUCUCUUUUAUUCUCCGGGCGGCGGCGACAGAUAAACUCCAUUAACUUUUUCAGAUUACAGUAAGUGCUGAGGGAGGUGGGAGUGUCUGUCAGAGGACAGCCGAGCUGCGCUGAGACUGGAGUAUUUUCACGGCGGGGCCCGUGGGCUCAGAGCAGGAGUCUGGAAAAGUGUGGCCGAUGAUUGAAAACCAAACAACAAAGCUCAGAGGGAGCAGAGUGACGCCCGGCAGGCCAGAGGUCUCAACACGGCCAACUGGACUCAUCUCAGACCUGCUUUGUGUGUGGGUGUGUGGAUGUGUGGGUGUGAUUGUUUCACACAUGUGUGUCGUCCAAAGGUCCGGGCUAUUUGAGGGAGUAUCCCCCCCUCGGUCCUCCCAGGGUCCAACCCUUAUCUCCCCCCUCGCUCUGAUCUGUGAUUCACUUCGGAGGCGUUGCCAGGGAAACCUGCUAUCUGGCUAGCAGCUUGAUGGAGUUAUUGAACUGUAACUGGCCGAGAUAAUUAUGCUUCUGUCUUGCAGGUUGGCUAUCCAGUAGCUGGCACUUGAAUGUGACCUAUAGCUGGUUCAGCUUUGUCGCCACAGGCAGAAGCUUUUAACCCCUCAGCCACCGGACAGCUGAAGUGCUGUAACUCUGCCCAGUCAGAGUUUACACCCUCAGCCUGACUCUUCUGUUAUGCACUGACGCUGCACAGUGUCAUUAUACAAGCUAGUAUCAUCUAAAAUGUCUAUACCAUCAUUUAAAAACAAUAACAACCACAAAAUCUUAAAAUAACAACUAAAAAGACUGGACUUGUAAGAUUUAAGAAAAAUACAGGUAAACCAAUUUCCCCUUUCCACACAUGUUUUACUUGUGUGCAGUAUGUCCAUAAAUGUGUGCAACUUUAUAUUUUUAACCACUAAAUUAUUGUCAGUUAAUCAGAGUCAGCAGCUUGUUAGAUUAUUGGUCAAAUGUCAAUACACUGAGGGAGAAUGCAUUGCUUGUUUGUAGGAAUUAAUUUCUGCAACAAAUAUAGACUUUUAUUAAGUUUUUAUUGCAGAUGCUUACAAUAAAUCUGGGGAUUGCAAUUUAUUGUGUAGCUCUUGUUUUGAAGCAUUUUGAGGAAAGAUAAGUAUUAUAUUUCUCUACAUUUAUUUGCAGAGUUAGAUAUUCACGUUUUUACAGACACGGUGAAUAAAUAAGACUGCAGAUGAUAACACUUGAAUCUCAAAAGAAGAGAUCAGAAAAUAUUUUUUAAAAAGUUUGUUCAUACUAAGCUACAUUUAAUGAAAAACACAAAGAUUAGGUAUCAUCAGUGAGCUGAUAACUCUUCCAGCAGACUAAAGGACCAUGAACUAGACAGAAACACUGAUGAAAAAGACAUUUUUUUCUCCUGACAUUUUCAAACAUAAAGCCCCUGACAGCAUACGAACCAUAAAACUUCUAACUGAAGCACAUUCAAAUUAAAGGCAGGGUCUCUUUGACUGACAUGCCUCACGACACAUUUCCUGAUCACGAUGACUAUGACCCUGAGAAAACACAAGGAUCUGAAUAUUGUGAGGCUGUCAAGGUUGUGCGUCAGAAAGCAGCAGAGGGACACUCACCUGUCCAUUUUUACAGUAAAUGGCAGAAAACAUGGCUGAACUUUAUCUAAUGUAUGAUAAAGACGGUGAAUAAGUACACUGCAGAGUGUCAGGAAAAGGAGGAAGAGGGUUUAUGGUCAGCUGGAGCGCAUGCACGUUGAGGAGCUGUCAUUGUCAAGGACCAAUCCAAAGCAUGCAAGCAUGUUUUGGAUUGGUCCUUAAUUGGUCCUAGUCUUCCACAAGUUGAUAGAGAGGAUGACUGAAUAGAUGCAUGCUCAGUGAGUGGCAAGAAGGAGAGAGAGUGUCUGGCUGAAACGACGGAAAUCAAGACUGAAAUAACCAUGAAAACCCAAAAUUCACCCAGAAAAGUUUCAUCAGAAAAUAAUAACAGGCUUUCCUCAUAAUGACGCCUGUCCUGGAAAAAAGCAUGGCGAGUUUAUAGAUCGAGACAAAUCAAUGCCAAGCCACUAAAUACAGUUGCAUGUUUUGUCGGGUUUUUUAAAACCUGUUUUUAUGUUGAAUUGUUGAUGAAGUUCUACAUUUGUGUUGUAGAUGAAUUUCGAACUAUUAAUCUGCUCAUAUCAAACACACUGCUCCUCAAACCCUGAUGUAGAGACACAUUGAUGAAUUGAAGUAUCAGUUGGGAGGAAAUGAAUCACCAAAUGUUUUGACGCUCGGUUAAAUAUUCCUGUUAUUUUUCAGACAUUUUCAGGUUCUUUCUUUUAAAUUCGAGGUUUCGUGUCAGUCUUUCAAUUGUUUUACUUACAGUUCAAAUAAAGAAGCUGAACGAGGACGCUGUUUUGGCUGCUGGGGAGCUGUGGCGAACCAUGAGUCUCUUUUCUAAUAUUCGUUUUAUGAACCUCACAGUGACAUGGCUUAUUCUGCAGCUUUAUUGGUGAUGAAGAUAAUUGUCCACUGCAGCCCUUGUUUCGUGUCGGACACAAUCUGCAAAAUCUUGAAGUCAAAAGAUAUUUGGUUUGAAAACAGGAAGCGUGUUGUUUUUUCCUCCUGUAACACACACACAUAUUCAGCUAGCUUAGUCACAUCCUACUGCUUCACUUUGAAACAGGUUAUGAGCUCAAACUCCAGGUGUGUCCUCGAGAGCAUCCGUUGAGCUCCUGGACUUCUGGACUCUCAGAUCAUUACAGUGUGUUUACGCUUAAUUUUAUACGGCUUGACUUUGAUAAUCUGACAAAACAGAGCUGAUAUUCCGAGGUAACUCUGCUGCACUUUCACAUUCCCCCUCCUUAUGAAGCAGUAAACAUGGCUGCUGUGUUUUCUAUUUUCCCACACUGCCUCUAAAUUGCUAUCAUUAUCUCUUCUUGUCUAGGAGCCGUGGCAGUCAAACGCUCUGCUCCGUGUUUAAAGGUAAGAUAAAUUAUCACUCCUGUAAAUCUGAAACCUUCCUAACCAUCUCGUCUCUUUCUGUUAAUCUGUUUAGCGUAGAGGAUAGUGUUUGUUUGUUUGUUUGUCUGAGCGCCUUGUUUUGCCUGUGCUCUUGCUGCAGCAGUGUGAGUCAGUAAAAGUGUCAGCCGGCUGUAACAGACGGCCUGCGCGACAUAAUUAGCCCGGAGUCAUUUGGAAGCGGCUCAGCUCGGCCCAGGUGCCCACUGUGCACAGAAAGAGACCAGACGACCUUUUACUCAGCUCCGUCCCACUGCAGUCACUUAAAACAGUGAUGGAUGUUUCCCUUAACACCACGCUCCCUACCCGGGCCUCGUUUCUCCUUCCUCCCCACCCUCCCUCUCUCUCAUCUCAACAUUUCUCCCCCCUCCUCCUCCUCCUCCUCUCUUGCCUUAUUUGUCCCCUCUCCUCUCCUUGUUUUUCCUCCAUCCUUCGCCUUUCACAGUCCCCCCCUUCUUCUUUUUCUCUGUUGCUCUAGAGCGACGAUGAGGAAGAGGAGGAAGACAGAAAGGUGGGGAGGGGAUUGAAGUGAAGUGGAGGAGGCGUUUCCUGCAAGCAGAGUGGAGCAACCUUCCUCCCUCCUCCACCCCUCCUCCCCUCUGCUCCUCAUCAGUAUGCAGCGUCGGUCGCUCAGGUGACACGGCCGCUGGAUUCGGUCCCGACUGCAGGAACAUCAGCAGCGCGGCGGAGCGCGGGAUCGCAGGUAAGGACAAUGAGAACAGGCGGGAGAAAAUGAGGAGAGACAGGGGGAGAGGAGAGAGAGGUGGAAGACAGAGGAGGGACUAUUUUUAAGAACCCAACACCCCCCCACACAGGAACACUUAGAUACUGUCUACUGCUGUAAUGCUGCACACACAUCUCCAGGGUUCAAGCCUCCUUCCUGAAGACAAUCUAAAUUCAAAUUUCAGACAUGUUUAGGUUGAUAAAAAGGAUCUCUGUCUAAUGAGUUCGUAGUUAAAAUUUGCAAUCAUGAUUUUGUGGGAUUAUACUUUUUUUACCGUCACUGUCAGGUAGAAACCUCUUAUCUUCAAAACUACCACUCUCUUGGAAAUUAGAAAAAAGAAAAAAGAACACUUUUUCACAAAAAUAAACACUGAAUGAGAUUUCACUAAAAUCCUUUUUACUAUAUUUCCAUCUGUGAAAUGUUAGACAUCAACCAAAAAGCACAGCGGAUGAUGAAUAGUAUCAAGUAAUGCAAAAAAGGAAAAAUAUUGAAAUGUGAGGUUUCUCCUGACAGUAACAACAUUUUUUUUUUUUUUUUAAAUUGUUUAGUGUUCGUAAAUGUGCAAAACAGGGCUGUCACAAUUUAGCACAUCCUCACUAACAAUAAUAAAGGUAAAAAAAAUAAUAAGUACAUUACCAGGGAGAAAAAAACAUACGCUGUAAAGAUAAUUUUUGAUUUAUCUGCAUCAGAUAUUUCACUGGAAAAGAGAUUGCCUGAUAUAAAACAGUCUUUUGUGGUGCUUUGACAAUAUUAGUUCUGUGCUUUAUGUUGUAUGUUUUCAAAGCAUGCUUUUAUUUUGAAAUGACCUCAGGGCUACACCUGGCAGAUAGUAAAUUAUAGUUAAUUAAGAAACAAAAAAUAGUUUAAAGCUAAAUGAUAUUUAGGAAGUAUAAAUGUGCAGUGUUUUAAAGCUGCUUUGCUGUUUUUUUUUAUUUUAUUUAUGUUGUUGUUUUUCCUUUUGCGUUCCCAUUCAGAGCGUUCCCCUUUAAACAGACAUUACUGCCUUUCUCCGGUACAAUAUUCUAUAUUGUUUGUACUUUUUUUUUCAUAGGCAGAAAUAUUUAAUUAAAACCUUAAUGACCAAAAAUCUUUGCACACAGUUUUAAAGUGUCUGACCGUCUUCUAGAGGCUGCUACAGCUAGCUUGCUUGUCUUGCUUCUUCUUUGUCUUUGUUUUGUUUUUUGGCAGAUGGCAACUGCAGUAAAGAAUCACUAUCGCCCCCUACUUUGAGGCACUCAGUUACACAGUACUACCGUGAAGGUAUUUUUAGGACAAUAUCAAUUUCUAAAAAGACAGUUAUGGUCGGUGCGUGUAUAUUGUGACAGCCUUGAGUACACAAUCUAUCAAUUAGAAUUUUUGAUGUAUUGGAACAAACAAAAGGUUCAGCUGUAUAUUUGUCAUAUUUCAGAUGUUUAAAGUGAUAAUGCUACUUUAAGUGGUCUCAAUAAAGUCAAUAAAAAUUGAGUGCGUUGUGCGUGUGGUUAUUUAGAAAUCUGAUGUUUUAUUCCAUGUAAGCAAACAAAGAAGAAAUCUUGCAGCUUCCCCUCAAAACAUUUUCAUUGUUUUCGCUUGUGAGGUUUUCAUUCCCCUCGAUAUGUGGGAUAUUAGUUUUGAUGCCAAAGGCAACAAAAGAGCGAGAGGUAUUAGACAAAUACUUAUACACUCUCUAAGUGUGUGUGUAUGUGCGUGUGUUAGAGGAGAAGAAGAGAGGAAAGGGGAAGAACGGGAGAAAAGAGACUGUGUGUAGGUGUGUUUUUGUUUGUUUGUGGGUGUGUAAGAGAGAGGGAACUAGAGGCUCUGUGUGUGUGUGUGUGUGUGUGUGUGUGUGUGUGUGUGUGUGUGUGUGUGUGUGUGUGUGUGUGUUUCCUUGUGUGUGUGUGUGCAAUGGGGGAGCAGUGCGGCCAGGCUGCAGAUAUCAUCCAUCUCCCUGUCACCGGCCCAGGGGCUGCUGGGAAAGUGGCAGACAGCUCCCCGGCUCUGACAACAGAGGCUGCAUCCUAAUUUUUCCAGCACAGAAAGCUGGAAAAAACCUGCGUUGCUGCUCCCUCACCACCCAGACCGGAGCUCCAACCCCGCAGACCAGGAACAAAGCACCCAGCUCAGCCCAGGACAUCCAACACCUCCCAUCAUCAUGCAGAAACACCCAGAACAGAGUCCACUUUAUAAAACAUCCACAUUCUGUCAGACUUAGACUGCAUGAAACCUGCAGAGAUCCAGAGAAUCAUAUGUGUUCACUUCUGCUGUUCUACUGUCUGAAACCUGAUGAUAUUAUUCUGAUUUAUUGA